UGCCGUUAUAUGUCAAUCUUCAAAAUCAACCAAAACAACUCCAUCGGAGCAAGGUGGUGCAGAGUUAUUCAAAAUGCCUGGACUAGAGGAUAAUCCCAAAUCAACUACACCCACCGAAUCAUCUACCGUGGAAGAAGGUGAACCCGAGCCACAACCAGCUGUGCGUGAGUUAACACAAACGGAUAGAAUCAAUCGACAACUUCUAAAGUCGUUCCUCGACCGCAUCAACACCAAUGGUUUGGAGCAGAAUUUCCAAAACUUGAGUAAUGGCAGCGCCGCGGCCUCAUCGUUCAAUGAUAGCUUCGAUGAAUAGAUAUUGCUGUAAAUAAUUAAAUAGUGUGUAAGCGAAUAUGUUGGAAUAAAAUGAUUCAUUGAAAAU